CGGUACAACAGAGGCUAAAAUAUGUAGGAGUACUGUGUUCUCUGGCAAAGCGUCUUGUGUUACAACCGAUACAUAUUUACAGUUAUGCAAGUACUGGCGACGGACAGAGAAUGAAACGCAGUCGAAGUCGGCAUCGUCAACGGCGCCGUGGCAGGCACAGUGAUCAGCUGGACAGCGCUGCUUCGUCGGGAGGCGACAACGGGCAGGACGAUGCGUUUCAUUUGCCGGGCUUCUAUUACGACGCCUCUCAACGGCGCUACUUUCGACUCACGCCGGGCCAGAACAGGCACAACCCGCUCACGCAGGCAUCCAUCGAUGCCAAGCUGUCGAACAAGAAGUGCCGAGAAGUCGUCGAAGCGAGUCUUCAGCGCAGCGGCAACACCGCACUGCCCCGUAGUCUGUGCCGCAUGCAGAUUGGACUACUGCCGUUCAGCAACUUUGCUGCAUCGGUGCAACGCGCGCGCAUGGCGUCGCUCAAAGGCAUCGUGCAUGCAGAGAUUGAAAACGGUGGCGAGUGCACCUACCUUUCGGGACUGCGGGAUUCGGAUGCAGCGGUAUGCGUCGGCGCGUGGGCUACGGAAACAGGAGACGGCCGUCGCGGCUCUGUCCUCCGUUUUAUCGACUUCGGCAACUCUACGAAUGACUGUUUGCAAACUAUCACAUCACAUCCGGCACAUAAGGUGGUGGACAUCAACGUUUAUCGUCAACCUGACGGAACGACCCGAACAUUUUGUGCAUAUGUUGCCUCAGACUGCAUGUCAAGCUUGAACAGUUUCGCGAAGUCAUAUCCCAUCAAUGGCGGAGGUUCGAUCAUAACGUGGCUUCCCACUUCUGAAGCUCUACGUAGCUGUGCCACCUCAACUGGAGGGCGGGCCCAUGCUGUCGGCAUGGAAAAGGAGAUACGACUUUUGCGAAUUCUGCAGGCUGGAUCAGUGGGGACCAACGUGUGGACUCGCCGUGAAAGCCCACUCAGCGUGGAGUUCAGCGAAGACGGCAACCUGCUGUUUGUGGGAACGCACCGUGGUAAUGUGAUGUGCGCCGACUUACGUGACCGACCACAUACAAAUCACACCUUCGUGGUUCCACUCUGUCGUGGUGUCGUGUCCCUCAGAGUAAUUGACUCUGGCUCGAUGCUGAUUGCAAGUGCCCACGAUGGAAAUCUGGUCUUGAUGGACCUCCGGAACAAGCACGUUGUGCAGAAGUUCAGCGGCCACCACAACAACGGGCUGAAAAUGCCGCUCAGUUACAAUGCAUCUGAACAAACUGUGUGCUCAGCGGGACAUGACAAAGUAGUGAGACUGUGGAAAGUUGGGGAGCGGGAAGCGUUGACUGCUUUGAAGCCAGGCAACGGACAGCACCAGCCAUGGCCCUGGUACUCAAGCACACUGUUUUGUGCAGCAGGUCACCAGUUCUUCACCUUUUCCUAAUGGUGUCUAGUCAGGAGCUGCGAAAAUCUUGCAUUAAAGCCAUGCAAUGUUCUAAGAUUGUUGAGUGAGGUACCUUCCAAGAUGUGUGGAGUACAUUUGAAAACCCAGCUCAUAGCGAACGGCUGUAUGUGCUAAAAAGUGUUCAAUAUAUGUGUACUCAUCUACAGUCUAUAACAGACUGGAAUGAACAUUUGUGAUGUAUUUUGUGUAUGUAUCUGUUAUCCCUAGCGAAGAAAGAAAGCAGGGGAACGGUUUAGUAAUAUUUUAAAGGAACGCUUAAUGUUGUAGGCAGUAACUUCUGCCACUGUGUGAACAUGACAGAAAGGUAAUAAAAAUAACUUCCCUGCCCGUUGCGUUUGUUGUAUGUGGGCACCUAAAUUACGGUAGUGGCAGUAGACACACCAGCUUUAAUAUAUCUGACCUCCAGUUUGUAAGAGUGAAGUAUUUUACAUGAGUAGAGGUAAAUAAUUUCCUCUUGUUCGACAUAGAUAAUACAUUGCUUUAUUGGAGUUUUCUGUUGGAAUAAGACUGUACUCGUGUUGAAAUCAAAGCUAUGUAAACAAAAGGGUCACAAAAUGAUGAAGUUGUGAGCGCAGCGUGACACGUAUUCUCUCUUUUUCUUGUCUUCAUUUUUUU